ACUUCCAAGUCAUCGUUACAACACUACAUUUCUCGUGCUCUCUCUCUCUCUCUCUCUCAAAAGUAACACAAAAGCUCUAGAAAACGAACAAUGGCGACGAUCAAGGCCGUUAAAGCUCGUCAGAUCUUCGAUAGCCGUGGUAAUCCGACGGUUGAAGUUGAUGUUACUCUUUCCGAUGGAACUUUGGCCAGAGCCGCCGUACCUAGCGGUGCUUCUACAGGUAUAUAUGAAGCUUUGGAACUAAGAGAUGGAGGUUCAGAUUAUCUCGGUAAAGGUGUCUUGAAGGCUGUGGAGAAUGUUAACUCAAUUAUUGGUCCUGCCUUGAUUGGCAAGAAUCCCACAGAACAGACUAAAAUUGAUAACUUCAUGGUUCAAGAGCUUGAUGGAACAACAAAUGAAUGGGGUUGGUGCAAACAGAAGCUUGGUGCUAAUGCCAUAUUGGCAGUGUCACUUGCUGUAUGUAAAGCUGGAGCAUCUGUUAAGAAAAUACCUCUAUACAAGCACAUUGCAAACCUAGCUGGAAACAAGACAUUGGUGCUGCCGGUACCAGCAUUUAAUGUCAUCAAUGGCGGUUCGCAUGCAGGCAACAAACUUGCCAUGCAAGAGUUUAUGAUUCUUCCUGUUGGAGCUUCUUCAUUCAAGGAAGCCAUGAAGAUGGGUGUUGAAGUAUAUCACACCUUGAAGUCUGUAAUUAAAAAGAAAUAUGGUCAAGAUGCCACUAAUGUUGGUGAUGAAGGUGGAUUUGCUCCUAACAUCCAGGAAAACAAAGAAGGUCUUGAGCUUUUGAAGACUGCAAUAUCAAAAGCUGGAUACAGCGGAAAGGUUGUUAUUGGAAUGGAUGUUGCUGCAUCUGAGUUUUAUGAAAAUAAAGAUAAGACCUAUGAUCUGAAUUUCAAGGAAGAGAACAAUGACGGGUCUCAGAAGAUAUCAGGUGACAGUUUAAAAAAUGUUUACAAAUCAUUUGUCGCCGACUACCCGAUUGUAUCCAUAGAGGACCCCUUUGAUCAAGAUGAUUGGGAGCAUUAUGCAAAGAUGACAGCAGAAAUUGGUGAGCAGGUUCAAAUCGUUGGUGAUGAUCUUCUUGUGACAAACCCCAAGCGUGUUGAGAAAGCAAUCAAUGAGAAGACUUGCAAUGCUCUUCUUCUGAAGGUGAACCAAAUUGGUUCGGUUACAGAAAGCAUAGAAGCUGUGAAAAUGUCGAAACGUGCUGGUUGGGGAGUCAUGGCUAGCCAUAGAAGUGGUGAAACUGAGGAUACCUUCAUUGCUGAUCUUUCUGUUGGAUUAGCCACUGGUCAGAUCAAGACGGGAGCUCCUUGUCGUUCAGAACGCCUUGCAAAGUACAACCAGCUUCUGAGGAUUGAAGAAGAAUUGGGAUCCGCUGCAGUAUAUGCAGGAUCCAAAUUCCGUGCACCUGUUGAACCUUACUGAGACAAAGGCCUGUAUGAACUAGGAGAUUUUGGGAUGGUUGGUUUGGUAGUGUGUUACACUCUUUUGGGUUUUUGUGAUGGCUAGUCUUGUUGGUUUGUGGUACACUGUUUACUUUUAUACACUUCUAUGUUGAAAUCUAUCGUUUUGGGCGUGUCUUUAAAUACCGGUAGCUUAUUAUACUA